GUGGUGGAGACAAGAGAGUGGAAAGAGUGUAUGUAGGCAUGCAAGUGAGAAUCAAGGGAAGGAGUGACAGGCAAGAGGGAAACAGAAGCCAGGUGCUUUUACUCAUCUUACUACUGAUACACACACACACACACACACAAACACACUGAAGGAACUACACCCACAACCUCUGCUAAAGCCGUGAACUGAGGCACAUGUGCGCCGCGCCGCGCUCGGAGCGACAGAGGGGAUCUCUGAGGAUACACGGAUGAGAAAGAGGUGUGGGGGAGCCAGCCAGGAAGAGGAGCCCGAGUGUGUUUUCGCCCCAGGGGGAGCUCACACACACACACACACACUCCGCAGACAGGCGCACACACUCCAGCGGGCGCUCGGCACUGUUUCCCUGACAACUAGAAUGGGCUGCAAUUUGUGUACCUUGCAGAAACGGGAGGAACACUACAAACUGCUGUAUGAGAUCGCACAGGUGAACGCUCGUGACUUUUCCAAGGUCGACCAUGACGAGGCGGUGGUGGAGGCCAUCAGGCGAGACCCCAUCGUUGUCCAGGUUCUCCGGCGAACCCCAACCAGAGCCGCGGGGGCUGUCGCACACAACCACAGCGGCACGCCACAGGAUGUGUGUGUCGUGGACGUUUGUACGCAAACAGACAUCACCUUCGAGCACAUCAUGGCGCUGGCCAAGCUUCGGCCCGCUACCCCACCCGUCCCUGACAUCUGCCCCUUCCUGUUGUCUGACAGCUGUCAUUCCAUCCACACCAUGGAGCAUGAGUUUUAUGAAUGUCCAGAGUACCUGGCUAACACCCCAGCAGAGGUGGAGAGGACCGAAGAGUAUGAAUAUGAGGAGGUGGAGCUGUGUAGGCAGAAUAGCCAGGAGAAGCUCGGCCUGACGCUGUGCUACAGGACCGACGAUGAGGAGGACACCGGCAUCUAUGUCAGCCAGGUGGAACCGAACAGCAUAGCAGCGAGAGAUGGGCGCAUCAAGGAAGGAGAUCGUAUUCUACAGAUAAAUGGCUGUGAGGUGCAAGACCGAGAGAAAGCUGUUGCCCUGUUGUCAAGUGAAGAAGCAAGGAGCAUCAUACUACUGGUGACAAGACCAGAAAUCCAGCUGGAGGAGGAAGUAUGGCUGGAUGAUGAGCAACAGGAGCUCGUGGAAGAGCUGAAGAUGCAGAUCCUGGAGGAGAGGAGGAAGCAGAAGGAACAUAACUUUGACAGGGGAGAUGAGCAUCAAGCUGAAGACGAGAUGACAACAGACACAGCCACCUGUUCCUCCAAUAAUCAAGACAGUGGGUUUGGACGCAGUACAGACAGUCCGGAGCACCAACCCCUGCUGGCCAGACUCCACAGGAGGAGCCCGGCCCACUGCUUGAGGGAUCGAUGGCGGGCAGAGCAUCCACACACAAGACAAGGGACUGUAGUGCCACAGGACACCCAGAAUCAAAGGACACUGUCCAAAGGCCAAGGCCAUGAAGGGGUAGUCAGUAUUCGCAAUGGUGGAGGUGGGAUCCUAGGUUUGGAGAAUCGCUUCCAGCAACUUCUGGAGCUCAAGUGUCAAAUCCGGAAUGGAGGCGAAUGUGGGGUGUACUCCAUUCGACACAGUAUAGAGUGCAGCCUCACUGAGCAGGGAGGAGCGGAUGGAGAUGGCGAGGACAGUGUAGGUGGACAGGGAGGGGUGGAGCAGGAGUUAAGGAUGCUAAAUGAGGAACUGCGCAGCAUUGAGCUGGAGUGUCAGAGCAUCAUGCAGGCGCAUCAGCUCCGCCAGACCCACCAGCUGGACCCCUCACAGCCCACACCCUGCUCGCCGGGACGAAGCCCCAAAGACGGACACAAGCGGCACGGCAGGCUGGCUGACAUCCACGAAUACCCAGAGAGGUCAGACAGCGAUAGGAUCAGGGAGAAGGACAGCUCCAGUGCCUACAACACAGCAGAGAGUGCACGGUCGACACCGCUGGGGAUGGAGAGAUCUCCUGACCACUCUCUGCAAAGACACAUCAGCAUCACCAACCAGAAAAACCUCAGAGUGGCCUCUUCCACACCCUCCAGCCCCAUUCCUAUCCCCAAGCCCCAGGGUACACCCAGUCGUAGCAGACCAGCAGACCCAGGCCCUGUUAUCUCUAGCAGCCCAGAUCAGAGCAACCCCUCCAGGUCUGAAUCAGACCCUGCCCUGCCUGCAGACGAUGAGAGGUGUGAGAAGAAAGGGAGGACCAGAGAUUCCAGGAGAGGGCUUCCCUAUGGGUGUUCAUAUCAGACAACUCCCUAUCAAGGCCAAGGAGGAUCCAGGCAACUCCAGAGCUACAUGCAGCUUCUACAACAGCACUCAGCCCUGGAGUAUUCCCAGAGCCAGCUGAGUCUGCUCAGUGUCUGUCGAGAUCCCGUGCACUGGAACGGACGCCCUGGGGAACCCCGUCUGGAGUGGAAGGUCAAAGUCCGCGCUGACGGCACGCGGUACGUGGCGCGUAGGCCUGCUCGUGACCGCAUCCUAAGGGAGCGGGCGCUAAGGAUACGAGAGGAGAGGAGCGGAGGCAUGACCACAGAUGAUGAUGCCAUAAGUGAGAUGAAGAUGGGUCGCUACUGGAGCAAAGAAGAAAGGAAGCAGCACUUGGCACGAGCCAGGGAGCAGAGGAAGAGGAGGGAGUUCAUGCAAAAGAGCCGCCUUGAGUGUCUAAAGGAGGGGCCAGCCAGUGGAGCUGAGGGCAGGAAGGAGAUUAAUAUCUUAGAGCUCAGUCACAAAAAAAUGAUGAAGAAACGAAACAAAAAGAUCCUUGACAACUGGAUGACCAUCCAGGAGUUGAUGAGCCAUGGGGCCAGAGUCCCUGAGGGCUCUAAAGUACACAACGCUUUCCUAUCUGUCACAACUGUCUGACGGACACAUACAGUACUGCUUAUUAAGUACUGUACAUUUUAUUAUCAGGUAGCCUGUAUUUAAGGAACUACUGCUUUGUCUAAAAAAAUGUCACUGCUGAGGACUUCUGUAGCAUUCCUGAAGAAACUUAAACAGUUCUGCGGCGCUAACGUCAGCCAUUUAAAACAUGAACAGUUUUUACACUGGCUUUUUUGUAAUGCACUGGCUUCUGAUAGCACAUGAGUUUGGUAGCAUGUUGGUUCAAACAGAUUCACUCAAGAGAGGAGCCAACACAUUAAUUUCAUGUAUACUAUGUAUUGUGUCUUCAUACUCUCCAUUCUUCUGUUUCAUUCCAUAUGAAGCGACUUCACUUGCCUCGUUCAAGGUGGCAUUUUUUUAUAAUGGGGAAAAUACAAUAUUUUUCACAAUUUGUAAACUCAGUAACUUUUUGUAAGAAAAUUUUUACACUGAAUGUCAAUGUACUGUAAACAUUUAAUUGUUAUUUUCUAUUUAUGUUUGUAUCUUCAAACCAUCAAGGUCAGAGUUGACACUAUUUGAUUGUACUGUAGCUUGCAUUGUUUGCCAGUCCAGGCCAGAGAGAAAUGAGAAACUUUGUGAAAUCCCUGAAGGACAACAACUCAUCUUAAAAUGCUCCUGUUAUUGUGUUGAUAAUGUCACUUGGGUCAGAGUUGUCUGAAAAAUUUAGGGCACUCAUUUUGAAGCACUGAAAACAUCAAUAUGCCAGCUCGAAGGCUUGUAUUAGUCAUGGGCUGGGAGGACUUUAUGAAACAGUUUUACCUCAACUUACAGUCAAAACUCUGAUCUAUGAAAGUGUUUUUGAAUUCUUGGGUAACUGAAUCAAUGACUUAAGGAAAUCUUGAGCCAACCGUCAGCCCUUAAUAUGUAUGUUAAUUAUGUUAAAAAUGUUAAAUAUACUCAUAUUUAUAUUGUUUACUGUUAUUUCUAUUUAUUGUAAAUUAAUUUUUAUGGUUCAUCUGAUAAAUGUUUCACGUUAUGUGGCUAGCCUUGAAAGGCCGACACCUUUCCAGGGCGCUGUCAAGACAAUGUAUCAUAUAUUGCAGCCUUUCAACCCAAAACCUGCUGCUUUUCACUGUAAAGUUCAUUGAAGAGGCCUUCACUUCAGUAUUUGUUGAUGGUGAUAUUUGUAAUAAAACAAUAAUAAAAAGAAACAUUAAAAAAUGUUUCUCUUUCAGU